GAGGGGGAGGGGGAGCAGCGGUGGCGCAAGCCGCGCGGAGCAGCGCAGCCCGGGUCCGCUCCUUGCUUCGCCACCGCCUCCCGACCCGGCCAGCAGAGCCGGUGCCCCGGCCCCCCCGGAACACCUCAAAGCGGACGAAGGAGUCCAUGUUGGGGAACUUGGCGGUGGAGUGAGGGGGACCUAGGGACCUGCGGUGGGGCCGUCGCGUCGCCAGAGCAAGCGCUUCGACCUCGGCCUGAGGAAACCCUUUUCCAAGGAGAAAUGAAGAAGAAAACUCUAUAUACUCUAAAUGUGGAAGAUCAGGAGUAUGAAGAUAUGGAAGGUGAAGAAAAUGGAGAUAAUGCUGCUACCACUGGUCUUUUGUAUAAUGAAGCUGACAGGUGUCCAAUAUGUCUUAAUUGCCUAUUAGAGAAGGAAGUUGGUUUUCCAGAAAGCUGUAAUCAUGUCUUCUGUAUGACCUGUAUUCUUAAAUGGGCAGAGACACUGGCUUCAUGUCCUAUUGACCGAAAACCUUUUCAGGCAGUGUUUAAAUUCAGUGCAUUGGAAGGUUGUGUUAAGGUUCAAGUAAAAAGACAAUUGAGAGAAAUAAAAGACAAGAAACAUGAAAGCUCUUUUAAGGAACAGCUCUCCUGUCAUGAAAAUUCUAAAAGCUGUAUAAGAAAAAAAGUCAUCAUAAGAGAAGAUCUAUUAAGUGCAAAAUUUUAUGACUUGAAGAUGAUACACAGAAACUCUCCAUACGGUGAAAUGGGAGGAAAGAAAAAUGCAGCAAUAAAGAUAAAUAAGCCUCAAAGAUCAAAUCAGUGUACAAGUCAGUGCUUCAGAAGUUUUUUCUCCAAUAUGUUUUCUUCUAGUAGUCACACUGGAGAAUCUUCUUUUACCUAUAGAGCUUACUGUACAGAAUUUAUAGAAGUCAAUGAAAUCAGUGCAUUGAUUAGGCAGAAGAGACAGGAAUUGGAAUUGUCAUGGUUUCCUGAUACAUUACCUGGAAUUGGAAGAAUUGGUUUUAUACCCUGGAAUAUUGAAACAGAAGUUCUUCCUCUAAUUUCUUCUGUGUUGCCGAGAACUAUUUUUCCAACAAGUACCAUAUCUUUAGAAAAUUUUGGUACUUCUUGCAAGGAAUAUGCAUUAGCACAUACCCAAGAAGGAGAAGAAAAGCAGCAAACUUCUGGUACAUCAAAUACUAGAGGAUCAAGACGAAAACCUGCAGCAACAACUCCUACAAGGAGAUCUACACGUAACACGAGAGCUGAAACAGUCAGUCAGUCCCAGAGAUCCCUGGUAUCAAAUAAUUCUGGGUUUGAUGCCCCGGGUAACAAUAAUCCAAAAGUGAGUGUUUCCUCUUCAGCUGAGUCACAAAAGCAAACAAAACAGCCUCCAAAACGGAAGUCUGUAAGAAGAGGAAGAAAACCACCUUUACUGAAAAAGAAACUUCGGAGCUCUGUCCCUCCCCCAGAAAAAUCAUCUUCCAGUGAUUCAGUAGAUGAAGAAACAGCAGAAUCUGACACACCACCUGUUUUAGAGAAAGAGCACCAAUCAGAUAUAGCAUGUAGUAACACUUGCACUGUGGAAACAGAUGUAGAAAACCAGUCUGCUAAUUGCUCAAAAAGUGGCAAUCAGCAAAUAGAAGAAAGGGAGGAACAUACUGAGAAUCAUGAUAUAGAGGAAAGAGUAGAAUUUUCUUAUUCUGAGUCUUGUACUCAAGAUACUCCUGUGCUAGUCGGACAGGAGAAGGAAAUUCAAAAACUUGAGAAUACAAGUAUAGAGGCUAAAGUUAUCUGUUUAGAAUGUGAUAUUUCUAGAAAUAUUUUUGAAAAAAUAGGUGAUCCAUUGGAAAAUCAAGACCAGAUACUUGGACCUUCAGAAUCAGAGGUAAAGGCAGAUAUAUGUACAGAUCAUCCUCCAAAUGAUUUUCUUACAUGUUCAGCAUCUGAAAUGGAAGUACACCAACCUGUUUCUAGUCCCAUUGGUGAGUUACCUGAGAAUGCAGUGUCAGUGGUUAAUGAAGAAAAAAUGAGAGAGAGUCUCAGAGUAGAAAUUACUGAUCAUAAAGAUUCUACAGUAAAAACAGAAGAGCAUGUAGAGAGUCCCAAGGUAGAAUCUUCUAAGGGUGAAAUUAUACAAACAAUGGACAAAAUAUCUAUUGAGAGCUCAGAGAGUCAAUUGUUUGGGCGUGUUGAAACUGAAGAUGCAGAAAUAAUUGCAGCGUGUGAUACUUCAGAGAAUGAAAAUUUCAGUAGUAUUCAAGACUCUGAAAAUAAUUUAUUAAAAAAUAAUCGUCCUCAUACCACCAAGUUGGACAAAUCUUUAGAAGGAAAGACUGAAUCUCUGGAUCCCAGAUCUACAGAGUUGCCUAACACACACAUUGAACAGAUUCAGAAGCAUUUUAGUGAGGACAAUAAUGAAAUGAUACCUAUGGAGUGUGAUUCAUUUUGCAGUGACCAAAAUGAAUCUGAAAUUGAAGCAUCUGUAAGUGCAGAUUCUAAACAAUUGAAUGAAAAUUCUAUGGCACACAGUUCUGAAAAUAAUAUGCUGUCUUCUGAUCCCGCAAAUGAAAAGGUUGAAAAUAUAUCUCAACCAUCUGAAAGCCCAGUAGAUAUAAUAGAUAAAUCCAAAAAGCCUCGUACUCGAAGAUCUAGAUUUCAUUCCCCAUCUACAACAUGGUCUCCCAACAAAGACACUGUGCAAGAAAAGAAGCGAUCUCAGUCUCCAUCUCCCAAAAGAGAAACUGGAAAAGAAAGCAGGAGGUCUCGAUCACCGUCUCCUAAGAAGGAAUCUGCCAGAGGACGGAGAAAAUCUCGUUCUCAGUCCCCAAAAAAAGAUAUUGCAAGGGAAAGGAGGCGAUCUCAGUCUCGGUCUCCAAAAAGAGAUAGUACUAGGGACGGCAAAAGAUCUGAAUCACUGUCCCCGAGAAGAGAUACUUCUAGAGAGAACAGAAGAUCUCAGUCAAGAUUGAAAGACUCCUCCCCAAGAGAAAAAUCCAGGUCCCGGAGCAGAGAAAGAGAAAGUGAUAGAGAUGGGCAGAGGAGAGAUAGAGAUAGGGAAAGGAGAACCAGAAGGUGGUCUAGGUCUAGAUCUCGUUCUAGGUCACCCUCAAGAUCUAGAACAAAAAGUAAGAGUUCAUCGUUUGGUAGAAAUGACAGAGAUAGUUACUCUCCCCGGUGGAAGGAAAGAUGGACAAGUGAUGGUUGGAGAUGUCCACGAGGAAAUGAUCGGUACAGAAAGAGUGACCCAGAGAAACAGAAUGAAAAUACAAGAAAACAAAAAAGUGAUAUCAGUUCAGUUGCUGACGAUCCAAAUUCUUCUGACAAACAUAGAAAUGACUGUCCCAAUUGGGUAACAGAAAAAAUAAAUUCUGGGCCUGAUCCAAGGACCAGAAAUCCAGAAAAGGUAAAAGAUUCGCACUGGGAAGAAAAUAAAAAUGAAAAUUCAGGGAAUUUUUGGAAUAAAAACUUUGGUUCGGGUUGGGUGUCUAACCGUGGUAGAGGUAAUCGUGGCAGAGGCACUUACAAAGGUAGUUUUGCCUAUACAGAUCAGAAUGAAAACAGGUGGCAAAACCGAAAACCCCUCUCAGGGAAUUCAAAUAGUUCAGGGAAUGAGUCUUUCAAAUUUGUGGAACAGCAACCAUAUAAGCGGAAAAGUGAGCAAGAGUUCUCAUUUGAUACACCAGCAGAUAGAUCUGGGUGGACAUCUGCAUCUAGUUGGGCUGUGAGAAAGACUCUGCCAGCAGAUGUGCAAAACUAUUAUUCACGACGAGGGAGGAAUUCUUCAGGUCCCCAGUCUGGAUGGAUGAGACAAGAAGAGGAAACAACUGAACAGGAUUCUAACCUAAAAGACCCAACAAACCAACAAGUUGAUGGUUCUCAGCUACCUAUAAAUAUGAUGCAACCACAGAUGAAUGUAAUGCAGCAACAAAUGAAUGCACAACACCAGCCUAUGAAUAUCUUCCCAUAUCCAGUGGGUGUUCAUGCUUCUUUGAUGAACAUCCAACGCAAUCCAUUUAACAUUCAUCCUCAGCUACCCUUGCAUCUCCACACAGGAGUGCCUCUUAUGCAGGUCGCUGCUCCUACCAGUGUAUCUCAGGGACUGCCACCACCACCACCCCCUCCCCCACCAUCCCAACAAGUCAACUACAUUGCUUCACAACCAGAUGGAAAGCAGUUGCAGGGUAUUCCUAGUGCUUCUCAUGUAAGUAGUAACAUGAGUACACCAGUCUUACCUGCUCCGACAGCAGCCCCGGGAAAUAUGGGAACAGUUCAGGGACCAAGUUCUGGUAAUACUUCAUCAUCAAGUCACAGCAAAGCCUCUAAUGCUGCUGUUAAAUUGGCAGAAAGCAAAGUAAGUGUUACAGUGGAAGCCAGCGCAGAUAGCUCGAAGACAGACAAGAAAUUGCAAAUUCAAGAAAAAGCAGCACAGGAGGUAAAAUUGGCCAUUAAGCCAUUUUACCAAAAUAAAGAUAUCACCAAGGAAGAAUAUAAAGAGAUUGUACGGAAAGCAGUAGAUAAAGUUUGUCAUAGUAAGAGUGGAGAAGUAAAUUCUACUAAAGUGGCAAAUCUGGUUAAAGCCUAUGUAGACAAAUACAAAUAUUCACGGAAGGGAAGCCAAAAGAAAACUCUGGAAGAACCUGUGUCUACUGAAAAAAACAUAGGCUGAAAUGGGGAGCGCUAUAAAAGGACGUUAUCAAGAUAUCUGCAAAGUGCAAUUUCAACAUGUACCAUUAAACUGAAAAUCAUGCAUAACUGUGAUUGAAAUUUGGUUUUGAUAAAAUUAUUUUUUUUAAUGUAGGGUAUAAUGUUUUGUUCUAAAUAUAGUUCUGCACUGCAACUUCUAUAAUCUCUCCCCCCUCCCCCAAUAAAGCAAAUUUAAGGGAAAGUAAAGGGUUUAAAAGAGUGUGCAUUUUUAGUAGGACUGUCUUAUAGUGUGGAUACUGGAACAUGUACAGCUUUUUGGUUGAAACAAUGGAGUGCAUAAAUUAGAAACUUCUAAGUGCACUGGUUUGGGAAAAUAUAUAUAUAGUACAUUUAUUCUGCCAGGCUAAAAAAUAAAGUAUGUUCUUUAUGAUUUUUCCCUCUACUUAUAGAAAGUUAAAUAAUGUAUGACCAUGAAAAAUAUUUCUAAUAUUAAAUAGAACAUACCAAUUGCAGGGUUCCUAAUGUGUAUUUUUAAAGCACAUAUCAAUAAAUUGCUUAGAUAGAAAACGUUAUCAUGAGGAAAAUUUAGAGUUCAGAACUUUGAGACACUCUUCACCUGUUGUAAUCUCCAAAUAAAGGUUAUGCUGCUUGUU